CUGCCGAUUAAUGCCACACGAUACAGGAAGACAUUGAAUGGACAUCGUGAGUGCUUCACUUUAAGGCCGUUAUCCUCGGGGCCAACAGGGUCAAGGGAUAUUGCAAGGCCGAACAUAUAUAUAUGAUCAAAUGGGUAUGCAAGAUUGGAAGAUUCAUUCAUCACUCUACUCGGUACAGUUUCGACUACAUAAACGCACAGAGCAACUCUACUCUCAACCUCUCAAUUACAACAACUUUUUGACCCAAGUCAAUCUCAAUCAAUUGAAAAAUGGUUCAGCUACUCGGCAAGGAAGUGGGCGAAAUUGGUUAUGGCAUGAUGGGUCUUACCUGGCGUGCGCAACCGCCCUCACAAGAACAAUCUUUUGAAGCUAUGCGCAAAGCCGUUGCCAAAGGCGCAUUUGCUUGGAAUGGCGGCGAGUUUUACGGCUCGCCAGAGCGAAACUCGCUCCACCUACUCAAUGAAUAUUUCACAAAGUAUCCAGAGGAUGCCGAAAAAAUUGUCAUUUCCAUCAAGGGUGGUGGAAAACCUCCAAACUACUACCCUGAUGGCAGCCAGGAAAACGUCAGACGUUCUAUCGACGAGUGCUUGAAAGUUCUCGACGGAAAGAAAUUUCUUGACAUCUUUGAAUGCGCUCGCGUGGAUCCCAAGAUACCCAUCGAGGACACAAUCAGCUACAUUGCUGAGUACGUCAAGGCUGGAAAGAUUGGAGGAAUUAGUUUGUCCGAAGUGAACGCCAGCUCGAUUCGCAGAGCACACAAGGUGCAUCCAAUUUGCGCAGUGGAGAUUGAGUUCUCAUUGUUCUCAACCGAAGCAUUGGAGAAUGGUGUCGCGCAGACCUGUGGAGAGCUCGGGAUCCCUAUUAUCGCCUACUCACCGCUUGGUCGAGGAUUUUUGACUGGCCAAUGGAAAUCUCUCGAUGACCUUCCCCAAGACUCAAUCCUCAGGCACUUUCCACGCUUCCAACCUGGAGUAUUCGAUGAGAAUUUGAAACUUGCAAAGGCCGUCGAGAAAAUCGCCGAGCAGAAGGGUGUCACGCCGGCACAGAUUGCUACAGGGUGGGUGCUGGCUCAGAGUGGCAGGAAUGGCAAUGGCGUGAUCAUUCCUAUCCCCGGUGCUACGACUGCAGAACGUGUUGAGGAGAAUACGCAAGUGGUGAAGCUCAGUGACGAAGAUCUGGCUGUGCUGGAUGAAAUCUUGAGCAAGUUCCCGCCGAUUGGGACUCGCUACCCUGCGGAAGGCAUGCAUCUUUCAGACCAGUAGUGGCUGACAUCUAUCGUAAAAAGCGUUGUUAGCCUUUGUAAAUAUGAAUAGAUAAUUAUAACC